UAAAAUGCCUGUAGCCAUACCGAGUGAUCCUCCUCGCAAAUUAAUUCAAAACAUGCCGAAAGAUUUAUUGCGUUUUUGGCGUCAAAUACCUCCAGCGUAGAAUAUUGAGUAUUGUUUUGUCAGGUUUGAAGUUUUAAUAAAGUUCUAAAAGAUUUUUGAGCACUCUCUAUUCAACUGUCACCGACCAAUUACACUUGUAUGACAUCAAGUCAAUUGGACUACUUGGACUACGUUCCUUUGAGAAGUCGGUGAUCGUAUUUUAAUAGAUCUGAAAUAUGCAUGAAUGCUUUUAAAAUGCGUAUUUUCAUUCAAUUGUCUCCUGGUUGUUACAAAUGAAAUUCGGUAUUUUAUAAUUCUGGUGAAAAAUGAGCAAAUUUUGAUCAAUUGAAACAGGUAAAACAAGUUUAUUCAGGUUGAUAUAGCCAAAAAAACGUUGAUGGAACUAAUUGCAUUACCUUGGGUGUGAUUCUCUCUGUCCUGUUUUCAACCGCAAGAAACAAAACUAUAGAAAACAUCAAGAUCUCGAAUCUUUUUCACGCAUCAAUCCUGUCAAACGACUUUGUUAGUUGUUGCUUUUACGAUCGCAAAUCAUUCGCUACAUUUCGUUUGUUGUUUUGGAUUAGCAGCCGCCGUGCAGAGUUUCCUGGAUGUCAACGAAUACUUUCCCAUUUCUUUUAUGUAAAAGAAUUUCAGGAGAAAGCUGUAUUGUUGCUUGGUUGUCGUCUUCACCUUCUGCGAGCCUCAUUUGCCGACCAACGUUGAUUUAUCCGCAGUGAAUCUAUCGUCCUGUUUCCUCCAGGAAUACUCGACCAAACGUCCAAACAUUGGAAAACAAACGAGAACUUGCUGGUGCGAAGAACUUAUAGUCGAUUCCUCGAACUGGUUUUCAUUAAAAAGGGAUUCAGUCAACUUGUUUUUGCUCCUGGUCAGAUUGUCGCCACGUCGUUUACCUUGCCAAAGUGAUUGAUCUAAUAAUUGGGCUCCUCUGACAAGACCUUUUAAACUCUGCUGAUUGAUCCGCCGUAUCAUUGAGCGGGAGCUACAAGAGGACGAACUACUAAGAAACAAAACGCACAGGGGGAAAAAACACAAGCGUACUUCAAGAUGAUAGUGAGCGUGUGCUUUGCUUUUCUUCUGAUGGCUUUUCAAAACGCAUCCUGCAAAAGAAUCAGUGAAAAUUCAUGGGGUUGGAAAGGUAAAAGACCAAGCAAGCCAAAGGAGAUUGAAGAAUUAUGCAAGACCUACACGAGCUUAAAUAAAAAGCAAAGCGAAUUAUGUCGAGAAUACCCUGAUUUGAUGGAACCUAUUUUCCGCGGCGCAAGAACAGGAGUAGAGGAAUGCAAGGAACAGCUGAGUACGAACAGAUGGAAUUGUUCAAACGUGCCAUCGCACGGAACCUUGUUUGGGCCCGUUUUACCUGUCGGUUGUAAGGAAUCGGCAUUUCUGUACGCUAUAACCGCUGCCGGGGUCGCUCACACGAUCACGGGCGCAUGUAGUUCUGGGAACUACGCGAGCUGUGGUUGCGACAGAUCACUGAGCGGACGUCCCUCGGGAAACUGGGAAUGGCGUGGUUGUCAUAGCAAUGUCAAGUUCGCCGGAGCGCUGACGAAGGAAUUUGCAUUGACCCGCGUCUCGAAGACGGGGGGUGAAGAGCGGAAGAAAAUGAACAGACACAAUAUCCGCGCUGGAGUGAAGUCUCUAUCAAAUCUGUUGUACCGUAAAUGCAAGUGUCACGGUGUUUGUGAUUCUUGCGAGGUGAAAACAUGCUGGAUGCAACAUCCUACGUCGUUUGAAAGCAUUGGAAAGCGUCUUUUAAAAAAAUACAAAAACGCUAUCGAAAUGGUGAAAACGAAACGCGGCCCACGCGUGUUGCGUGUGAAGGACAGGAAUUCACGCAAGCCCAGCUCCGGAGACCUCAUCUAUAUCCGUUCCUCUCCGAACUUUUGCGAUGUCAACACGAAGUUAGGUACUCCCGGAACGUCUGGGCGUGUGUGUAAUAUAUCUUCUUCAGGACUCGACGGAUGCAGUAUAUUGUGCUGCGGACGGGGGUACAAUGUUCAGGUCGUCACUGAAACGGUGAAGUGUAAAUGUCGCUUUUUCUGGUGUUGUCAUGUCAGGUGUGAAACCUGCAGGAACACGCGGGAGAUAUACACCUGCAAAUAGGGUGGUUCUAUAUAUAUAUAGCAAUUCGCCUGCGAACAAUCUGUGGUCAGCAUCACCAAAAUUCUCGACGCUUGAGAUGGUAGACCUAAUGAUGGAACAUCGCUCAUUCCAUUAUACUAAAAAGACAGAAUUACAAUGACUUUAAAAAUAUUGCUUGAAUCAGUGAGGGACCAUAGUUUCCCCCAUCAGGCUGUUUUUAUGAGUCCGCUUACCUGAGAUUCAACAGAGGCGUAUUAAGAUGAUUUUGAGGUACUACUAAAAAGGUUUUUUUAUGAAACAAACAAGCUCAGGCUAUUGUGGGAAUGACUUAACCACUACCGAGAUCAUGUUAUAUACUUAUUUCAAAUACCUCAAAGUAAUUUUCCACUCCGUUUUAAUCUCAGCUAAGCGGGAUCAGCUUGGGCUUUCACUGGAUCAAAGACAUAAAACCUCUGUGACCAAUACGCCACAUUAGGUCGCACAGGAAAAACUGUUGUUUCAUAUAUGUUAUACGUUUAACCUUUUAACUAACCAUGAACGAAGUGCAGUCAUUUUGUUGAUGUAAUAGAAUUCAUAUUUUAUAAACGUGAUUUCACUGAUCAAGAACGUGCAAGUCAAUGUUGAUAGUAUUCUGAUUUGAACAAGUGGUUAACGUUUUCACUUUUUUAACUUCAUCCCUUUCUUUGCUUGAUAUCAAUGUUCCAGCCAUUUUGGCACUUUUUUCACUCACAGCUGGUUUUCAUUUGAAGAUCAGAUAACAGUUGUUCUAUCACAGAUAGUUUUCUGCUCACAAUACUGUAAAACUUGACAGUAAGACUCCUAGAGCAGUGAAGUUCGUCACAAGUUUUUAGUCUAUAUGCUCAGGCUUUUG